UAAUUUGAUUGGAAAGUAGAAAAGGCUACCUGUAAAACAGGUUUGGGUGGCGGGGACGACAUAACCAAACCAUUAUCUUCUGAGAACAAGAAUAUAAAGUAGGAGAAAUGGGGGAUUUGUAUGCGUUGGAUUUUGAUGGAGUUCUCUGUGACAGUUGUGGAGAGAGCUCCCUCUCUGCUGUCAAGGCUGCCAAAGUAAGAUGGCCAGGUUUAUUUGAUGGUGUGGAUUCUGCCAUGGAGGAUUGGAUUCUCGAUCAAAUGUACACGGUCCGACCUGUGGUGGAAACUGGAUAUGAAAAUCUGUUGCUUGUGAGGUUGCUGCUGGAGAUGAGACUUCCUUCUAUUCGAAAAUCUUCAGUUGCAGAGGGACUCACAGUAGAGGGGAUAUUGGAAAACUGGUCUAAGCUUAAACCUGUCAUUAUGGAAGAAUGGGGUGAAAAUAGUAGGGAUGCUCUAAUAGAUCUUUUUGGGAAAGUCAGAGACGAAUGGAUGGACAUGGAUUUGGAAACUUGGAUUGGUGCAAAUAGAUUCUAUCCAGGUGUUCCUGAUGCGCUUAAAUUUGCAAGCUCGAGGAUAUAUAUAGUCACCACAAAGCAGAGCCGAUUUGCAGAUGCUUUAUUGCGGAAGCUUGCAGGAGUUACAAUACCAGCUGAGAGAAUUUAUGGUCUCGGAACUGGUCCUAAGGUGGAAGUACUGAAACAACUUCAGAAGAAACCGGAACACCAGGGGCUGACGCUACACUUUGUGGAAGAUCGACUUGCAACCCUGAAGAAUGUGAUUAAAGAGCCUGAAUUAGAUGCAUGGAAUUUGUAUCUUGUUCUAGUUGCUAAGGUGGAUCAAUUGGAACAGGUAAUUGGGGUUACAACACAGAGAAAGAGAGAGAGGAGGCAGCAAGCAUUCCCAGGAUUCAAGUUCUCGAACUCUCUGACUUUAGUAGGAAGCUGAAGUAAUGAUUGGUUUCAAUGUACUUUAUUGUUUCAUUUCACUUAAUAAAUAAAAACGGCAUAUCUUCUCCUUUCAUGAAAAUCAUGAAGAUGAGUUAUUUGAAUGUCUAGUCUAGUCUUGCCUCCCAAAAAAGGAACCAUGUAUUUCUAAGUUAUUUAUGGUGUCACAAAGACACAUACAGAUAAUUACUUGUGAUUUCAAUUGUACCAAUUUAUUUUAUACUC